GCGGCGGUGGCGGCGGCGGCGGCGGCGGGAGGAGGGAGGAGGAGGGGCCGGGGCCGAGCUCAGGCCCGAAGAGUCCGCCGGCCGCCAUGGCGACAGGUGCCGACGUUCGCGACAUUCUGGAGUUGGGCGGGCCCGAGGGCGACGCGCCGGGGCCCAUCAGCAAGAAGGACAUCAUCAACCCGGACAAGAAAAAGUCCAAGAAGUCGUCAGAGACGCUGACGUUCAAGAGGCCGGAGGGCAUGCACCGAGAGGUCUACGCUCUGCUCUACUCAGACAAAAAGGAUGCACCCCCCCUUCUCCCCAGCGAUACAACCCAAGGCUAUCGCACCGUGAAGGCCAAGCUGGGCUCCAAGAAGGUGCGGCCCUGGAAGUGGAUGCCUUUCACCAACCCUGCCCGCAAGGACGGGGCCAUGUUCUAUCACUGGCGGCGCGCGGCCGAGGAGGGCAAGGACUAUCCCUUUGCCAGAUUCAAUAAGGCAGUGCAAGUGCCAGUCUAUUCAGAGCAGGAGUACCAGCUGUACCUCCAUGAUGACGCCUGGACCAAGGCAGAGACUGACCAUCUCUUUGACCUGAGCCGUCGCUUCGACCUGCGCUUUGUGGUCAUCCACGAUCGCUAUGACCACCAGCAGUUUAAGAAGCGGUCGGUGGAGGACCUGAAGGAGCGGUACUACCAUAUCUGUGCCCGGUUGGCCAAUGUCCGGGCUGUGCCAGGCACCGACCUCAAGGUGCCCGUGUUUGAUGCCGGGCAUGAGCGGCGGCGGAAGGAGCAGCUGGAGAGGCUCUACAACCGCACCCCUGAGCAGGUGGCUGAGGAGGAGUACCUGGUCCAGGAGCUCCGCAAGAUUGAAGCGCGCAAGAAGGAGCGCGAGAAGCGCAGCCAAGACCUGCAGAAGCUCAUCACGGCGGCCGACACCACGGCGGAGCAGCGGCGCACCGAGCGCAAGGCCCCCAAGAAGAAGCUGCCACAGAAGAAGGAGACGGAGAAACCGGCUGUCCCAGAGACAGCUGGCAUCAAGUUUCCCGACUUCAAGUCCGCGGGAGUCACGCUUCGCAGUCAGAGGAUGAAGCUUCCGAGCUCUGUGGGCCAGAAGAAGAUCAAGGCUUUGGAGCAGAUGCUUCUGGAGCUGGGAGUGGAGCUGAGCCCCACGCCCACGGAGGAGCUGGUGCAGAUGUUCAACGAGCUGCGGAGCGACCUGGUGCUGCUGUACGAGCUGAAGCAGGCCUGCGCCAACUGCGAGUACGAGCUGCAGAUGCUGCGCCACCGCCACGAGGCCCUGGCCCGUGUGGGGCCCCUGGGCGCCGCGCCCCCGCCCCCACCCCCGCCCAGCACGGAGCCCGCCGCUCUGCCGGGAGAUGGGCCCGGCCCCGAGCUGCCCAAGGACUCGCUCAUCGACGUCGUCGGCGCCCCGCUCACGCCCAACUCGAGGAAGCGGCGGGAAUCGGCCUCGAGCUCCUCGUCGGUGAAGAAGGCCAAGAAGCCGUGAAGCCGCGAGGCCCGAGCUGGGCCCGGGGCCUGCCGGGAGGGGGAGGGGGAGGGGGGGA